CACUGAAGUACUGUCGCUUUUACGCGGUCUGUUGUCUGUCGAUCGUACCCAGCGCGUAUACAGGGUGUUUUCGUGAUAGCCUUAGUUAACUUGUACCAUUUUUAAACUUUUUUUUCGGUAGUUUUCGGAGAAAAAUCAGGAAUAAUGAGGAUGAGACUGUCGUGGUUGUCCUUUCUUGUAAUACUCUCAACACUUCUCUUCGAAGCCCAAGCAAGAAGAAUUCGAGUACAACCACGUCUUCCUCAAGAAGAAGCCGAAGAAACCAUUCAGUACUACGCAGCAGAACCGCAGGAAGAUAUAGAUAAUCGUCAAAGAGUGGUACUAGUGUCUUCCGCUGACCAAUACAAUGGCCUCUACGGCCAACCCACUGCUUCAUCGAGAAGUGCUCAGGAGUACUCAUCAAGAGGCUCUCCCAGGUCUCAAGUGACUGCUCAACGAGUCAAGGAAUCACCAAAGACCCCACCAGUACAAACAAUUAGGAACUAUAACAAAGUAAACGACGACGGCUCGUUUACUUUUGGUUACGAAGCUGCCGAUGGUUCGUUUAAGGAAGAAACAAGGGGUACCGACUGUGUGGUUAGAGGAAAGUACGGUUAUGUAGACCCUGACGGGAAUAAAAGGGAAUUUACCUAUGUUUCUGGUAACCCUUGUGACCCUAAUGCUCCCAAAGAAGAGGAUGAUCAAUCAGAACCUGAAAGUGCCGAAGAAGAAAAUCUUCCUGCCAACUACCCAACCAGACCAAUUCGACCAAUCCCACGUCCAAUUGCCAGACCAAUUAGUACCCCAGCCCCUAAACCUGUGACUUUGUACCAGAAUAACUACGCUCAAGAAGAAGACGAACAACCCGAACCUGAACAGUUAUUGAGACCUACACCCAGUCCUCAAUACAUCAGCAGACCUCAAUAUAUCCAGCAAGAACCUUCUCAACAAACCUACCAACGACCACAGUACAUUCCUUCAAGUACUCCAGCUUCUGCUUAUUACAGACAACCUACCCAGCCUGUUAGACCACAACUACAAGCUGUCUCACCUACUAUAGCUACCAGAACUCAACUACCAGCAACCACCUUCAAGCCACAAUUGUUACAAGUCGCUGUAACACCCAGACCGGCUUUGUUGUAUACUCCCAAGCCUUUGACAGCUUCACCAGCACCUAGUAAAGGAAUUGAUUUUGAUGCAGAAUUCCAAAGGUUCCAGCAGGAGAACAAUUUGGUGUCACCUACACCAAGUUCUUUAACAAAAACAACAGGAGCUAAAGAGGCUGGUUCUGUAGGGCAAAUAUACAGUUCUGCGUUAAUUUAUGAUCCUGCAACAGGUCAAUACAAGAACCAACUUUACCAAACUUUACCUCAAUCCCAAGGUGAUUUUACCCUCAACCAAAGGAUACAGCCCUACGUGCACCAACCAACCCAAAGGCCAGCAUUGAAUUUACAACAAAUCCAACAGCAAAGCCCGCUUUACAGGCACCAACUUGCGCAGGUGAAUCCACAGGCUGUAUACCAGUCUCAGCAAUCGGGGUUGUUGUUCCAAAACUCAGCUCAACUGUACGCUCAGCAACAAAAAGCUAGAGAGCAAGCUUCAGCUUCAACAUCCAAGCAAAUCGUCAAACCUGCUUCGGUGUACUAUAUUCAACCGUCCGUAGACCAAACAGGAGCCUUGGGGGCAAGUCAAAUAGACGCUUUCUUGAGGGGUCACAAUAUUCAGUUUUAAAGAGUGAUAUUACCUUUUGAACUUUAACUGGUGGGCAGCUGGAACAAAUAGUGACCUCUCAAAAAGGAAAAAUAGUGAAAGUAUGACCGAAAGAUUAUGUAUAUAUGUAGUACCACGCCCAUUGUUGUUACGUAAUGAGCGGUACUGUUCGAAGCUAUCGAGCAUUUGAAUCGGAGUGAUUUUUUUUAGAUUUACUCUUGAUAUUCUAUUUUAACGUGGGUUAGAUUAUUUAUAAGGCUUGAACCGCGCGUAAUGUUGAAUUGAAAAGGUCUUAAAAAAUAUUAAAUGUAAAUCAGGAAAUAUAUUUUUUAUUAUCACGCAAUACUAUGUUUGUUAUUGAAAUAAAAGAAAUGUUGCAAUAUUUAAUAAUAAGUUUAUAAAGCUGCAACUCAUUGAGAAAUAAUGUUUUUUUUUAAAUUUAAUGUUUAUAAUUUAAAUGAGUUGAUUCAUGUCUCAGUUGAUUACGGUUUAACUUUUGGCGCUCAAGUAGUGUCAUUUUGUGAAGUUUAUUAAUAUUUAUAAAAAAUAUUAGUGUAUAAUAAUAAUUUAAUGUAAGUUUUUAAAAUUAAUACUUUAAG